AUGAGUGUGGAUGUCAAAAACGGUUCCCCGGUUCCAACAGACCCAAGUGGCGGGGAUCGCGACUCGGUCGAUGCGACUGAACACUCGGAUUUUCUAGAUUCCAAGGCAAUGGCCAACGGCGAUAGUGGCAAAGCGGGGAAUAGUCGCAAAGCGACUAAUGCCAAGGAUCCUUCACGACCGCGACGGAAGAAGGCUCGGCGCGCUUGCUUUGCUUGCCAACGAGCCCAUUUGACUUGCGGUGACGAGCGCCCAUGUCAACGCUGUAUCAAGCGUGGUCUGCAAGAUGCAUGUCACGACGGUGUUCGCAAGAAGGCCAAAUAUCUCCAUGAUGCCCCAGAUGGGGCGUUGAUGCCCGGAGUAGGAGGCGGUCUCUACAACAAUGCCUUGCCAAAUAACAUGCCCGUAUCCCGGAACGGCGCCAACCCAGUUAACACGAACUCUCAGCCGCCGCCGAACACCAACAACAACUUUUUCCCGCCUCAGCCGCAAGCCCAGCCCCAGCCGGGCUCUUACAACAUGUACCAGGAUCCUCCCAUGAGCCAGAGCCCUUUCACCACGCAGUCUCCUGUUUCGCCUACAUUCAAUUUGAAGACCAGUACAAAUGGUCGAAACCCCAGUCAUUCAUCUACAGUGAACCAACCUACACAGACCAACGCGCUCUCUGGUGAUACCAGCCAACCUCAGAAUCCAUUCGCAGGGCCGUUCUUUGAUCCUAGUGACCCGGCACUCUUUAACUUUGACCUGUCGAGCAUGAACUUUGAAAAUCGCUACGGCGCGUUGGAGUUUGGAAUGCUGGGGCAUAUGGCCACCGGAGCUGGAGACUCGCCUAGUGAUUCGGCAACGCAACGGGGGUCGAUCGGCCGCAGUGGGUCUGCACAGUUCUCCACGCCAGCUCCCGGCUUUGGGGAAAGCCCGGGGAAUCAGCAGCCUUUCAUUUUUGGCGAUCCGUUGCUCAAUGACUGGUCGACCGGACAGGCCUCGGGCCAUGUGAAUGUCGGCGGUGUAUAUGGCCCGAACGGUAUGCUUCCCGGGCACAUGAAACCAGAUGCACCUCAUGCCUUUGCCAUCGAGAGUGGGCCUGCGAACUUCACCAGUCCCGGCUCAGCCACCAGCCCGCAUGUUGCUACGACAGGCUUCGAUGAUGGUUCGUUUAACAAUGUCGCUCCCAAGUCAAACAGCCUGGCGCCGAACGGACAACGGCCUAUGAUAUCUACACCGAGUCUGAAGCAUCAAAGCCUCCAAGUGGGCCCUAAACGGCGCCAUCGCAACCCAUCUUCGAUCUACGAAAGCGUGAAGGAGCCAUACGCAUACACGAGUGGCUUCCAUAACCUGACCGCGUUCAUCCAACGGCGCUUCUCCCCACAAAAGACUGUCCGGAUCGCCAAGUCGCUGGCAUCCAUCCGGCCUUCGUUUAUCGCCACGACAAAGACACUCAACCGGGAUGAUUUGAUCUUCAUGGAGAAAUGCUUCCAGCGAACACUCUGGGAAUAUGAGGACUUUAUCAACGCCUGUGGCACUCCCACGAUUGUCUGCCGACGCACUGGGGAGAUCGCCGCGGUGGGCAAGGAGUUCAGUAUCCUGACCGGAUGGAAAAAGGACGUGUUACUGGGCAAAGAGCCCAACCUCAAUGUCAACACGGGAGGGCCGACAGCACCACAGUCAGGCGCGACGUCCCGUGGCAGCUUCACGCCGCGCGGCUCGACACUGGAGAAUUCCAGCGGGCGCCCGCAGCCGGUGUUCCUGGCAGAACUCCUCGACGACGACAGUGUGGUGGAGUUCUAUGAGGACUUUGCACGAUUGGCGUUUGGGGACUCUCGAGGUAGUGUCAUGACGCGGUGCAAGCUGCUUAAGUACAAAACCAAGGAGGAUAUGGAAGCACAGUCUGACGACAGCAAGUGGAACAGCCACUUGCGCAAGGGUGGGAUUGCUGGCGAGGCUGGGAUGAACCAGCUGGGAUUCAAGGACGGCAAGGUUGAAUGCGCGUACUGCUGGACAGUCAAGCGAGACGUGUUCGACAUCCCGAUGCUCAUUGUGAUGAAUUUCUUGCCGUGCAUUUGA